UCGGAGCAGGAAGCGGGAGCCGGCGGCGGCGGUGGGGCCCGUGGAGCCUGUAGAGGGCUGCCGGGGACCAGCCGGCGUGGGGCCGGGGCACGCCGAGGCCCCGGCCCCACCAUGCGCGCACUGGGGCAGCUCCUGCUGGUGCUGGUGGCGGGGUCGGCGGGUGGCCGUGGGGAUCCCCGGGACACCCUGGCCUGCUCCCAGGGCCUCACCUGCCGCCUCUUGGACACCGAUGUGCUGUGCGGGACAGAGCCCCCGGGGCCCAGGCAGGAGCUGGCCCUGGCCCGUCUGCGGCUGGAGCCGGCGCUGCGCUGCACCGAGUCCACGGCCUGUGCGCCCUGCCUGGAGGCGCGGGUGCGCCUGGCCUUGGCCCCGGCCACCGGCACCGCCGCCGAGUCCCCCCUCUCCGUGCAGCCGGGCACUGCUGGGACAGAGGACAGCGGUGAUGGGGGACAGCGGUCACCAGCGACUGGGGCCACCCCGUCCCAGCCCAACGUUACUGGGCUGCUGCUGCUCUCUGGGCACACGUUUGCCUCAUCCCGCUGCGUGGCCGUGGAGGUCUGGGCACCCUUGGGCCCCGCACUGCGUGGCCGAACCGUGGGCUGGGUGAUCUUCCGGUGCUUCGAGGCGCCGCUGGGCUCCGAACUGCACAUCUCAGCAUACGUGAAGUCACGGGGCCGGCAGAGGCUGAGCCAGCAGCAGCGAGUGCCAGACUGUUCGUGGCCCGCAGCACAGGAUGCUGUCCCCCAGUGCCAAGUGCCCAGGCUGCGAGUCUCCCCGGGGCAGAAGGAGGUGGUUGUGGAGGUGGAGGGGGCUGCAGUAGGGCACAGCUACACACUCCGGCUCUACCACAACCAUAGCCACGGCACCAGUGUGCCAGGGCGUGUGGUGACCAUGCAGAGCAGUCCCAUGAACUAUGUCCUGCCCACGGAUGAGGUGCUGCCUUGCCUCUGCCUGCAGGUCUGGCCGGAAACCCAGGACCCACCACGGGCCACCCUGUGCCCCUUCUCGCAUGAUGCCGAGGCCUGGGAGCGACUGUGGGCGCGGAGCCGGCUGGUCCUGCACAUCGAGGGGCAGGUCCUGACCUGCUCCCUCUCAGCCCCCUGCGACCUCCUGGCCGAGCUGGUGCCCUGCUGGCAGCCAGUGCCCUCCAGGCCCUGCCAACCCCUGCCUGGCCUGCAGCAGCCUGCUCGGGGGAAGGAACCCCAGGAGUUCAGAGGGCUGUGGCCACACCCCAACCUCUGCGUGCAGGUGUGGAGCAGUGGGCAGGUCCGGCUGACCCAGUGCCUGCGGGACCGAGCGCUGCCCGGCCGCCCCGAUGACCUCCUGCUGCUGGAGCAUGGGGGGAAUGCCUCACUGUGUGCCGUGGAGAGGGGUGCCUGCACACCCCUGGCCAGCUUCACCAGCAGGGGAGCAGGGCACCCUGGGCUGCUGGAGCAGGAUCUGCAGCGGGACGUGGCAGGGGGGCAGUGCCAGCAGCUGUGGCACCCAUCGAACAGAACUGGGGUUACACUCUGGGCCUGUCCCCUGCACAAGUACCUGCGUACCCGCUGGGCCCUGGUGUGGAUGGGGGUGCUGCUGGGAGCUGCCUGUCUCCUGCUGCUGCUCUUGAUGAAGAAGGAGGACAUGAAAGGAUGGCUGAAAUCCCUGAGGGCUGGCUAUGGCUCCAGUGGUCCUUUACAAGGCCGGCGGGCCCUGCUGGUGCACGCAGCAGAGCCGGU